GCGCGGACCAAGAUGGCGGCGCUGAGGGCGGCGGGGGCCGCGCUGCUGCGGCCCGGGCGUGGCGAGGUGGCGGCGGCGCUGGGCUACCACAAGAAGGUCGUGGACCACUACGAGAACCCGCGCAACGUCGGCUCCCUCGACCGCAACGCCAAGAACGUGGGCACCGGUCUGGUGGGCGCCCCCGCCUGCGGCGAUGUCAUGAAGCUGCAGGUGGAAGUGGAUGAGAACGGGAAGAUCAUCGAUGCCCGUUUCAAGACGUUCGGCUGUGGAUCAGCCAUCGCCUCCAGUUCGCUGGCUACCGAGUGGGUUAAAGGGAAAACGGUUGAUGAAGCUUUGAAGAUCAGGAACACAGAUAUUGCUAAAGAACUUUGCCUUCCUCCAGUCAAACUGCACUGCUCUAUGUUGGCUGAAGAUGCAAUCAAGGCUGCCUUGGCUGAUUAUAAGUUGAAGCAGAAUCCAAAGAAAGAAGAAUCGGAGAAGAAAACAAACAAUGCCUAAACUGACUGUAGAGCUUGUUCUCAUUCAACUUAAAUUUGCAGUGCAAUUACUCUAGCUAUUAGUAGGAUCCUGUGCACUACUAAAUGAAACUGUAAGAUACGCACAAUUUAGGCACAAUGCGUGACUCUUCUGUGUGUGAUAAGACACUCUUGUAGUGCUUAAGUGACUGGAAUGUGGGUAUUUCAGCAGCCUGUAUCCUGUCAUGACUGUUUUUUGAAAUACUUGGGUGAAGGAGACUGCUUAACUGCAGAGAACUCUAGUGGCUUCUCUCAGAAGUGAAAAUCCUGAUGUUCCAGUGCUGGAAUGGCUGCACUUUUUGGAAGAUGUAUAGUUUUGCCUAAUGUUUUACAGAGUUUAAUGAGAAAUGUUGCCUUGGUCUUAAUGUUUAUGUAAGAAUAGCAGGUCAAUUUAUGUAUCAAUGCAGUAUACAAAUGCAGAACAGUUCAUCUGUCUGCGAACUA